GGGUGGGGCUGUGAUGGAGCGGGUGAGGCCACGGGCAGCCAGGAGCAGCUGUGUGAAGGGGCGGACGGAGUUGUGAGGGGACGGGCGGAGCGGAGCUGGGGCGGUCCCUGGGGAGGCUGAAGCCGUGAAGAGGCGGCCCCGCUCCGCCUCUUCCUGCGGCAGCCGCGCAGUUGUAGCCAUGGCGCCUCGCCGGGAAGCCGGUCUGCUGCUGCUGCUCCUCGUCCUGCCGCCGGCCGGCGCGGGGCUGAGCGGCUACUUCGGCACCAAGUCCCGCUACGAGGAGGUGAACCCGCACCUGGUGAGCGACCCGCUGUCGCUGGGUCCCGGGGCGGGCGGCUCGCUGCCCGCCUCCUGCACUCCGCUGCAGCUGCGCGCCGUGCUCCGGCACGGCACCCGCUACCCCACGGCCGGGCAGAUCCGCCGGCUGGGCGAGCUGCACGCCCGGCUGCUGCGCCGGGCCGCGGGAGCCGCCGCCUGCCCCGCCGCCGCCGCCCUGGCCGAGUGGCCCAUGUGGUACGAGGAGAGCCUGGACGGGCGGCUGGCGCCGCAGGGCCGGCGCGACAUGGAGCAGCUGGCCCGGCGCAUGGCCGCCCGCUUCCCCGCGCUCUUCGCCGCCCGCCGCCGCCUGGCGCUGGCCAGCAGCUCCAAGCACCGCUGCCUGCAGAGCGGGGCGGCCUUCCGCCGCGGGCUCGGGCCCACCCUCGACUUCGGCGGCAACGAGGUGGAGGUUGAAGUUAAUGACUCCCUGAUGCGGUUCUUUGAUCACUGUGCCAAGUUUGUAGCCCUGGUGGAGGAGAAUGAUGCGGCCAUGUGCCAGGUGAACGCCUUCAAAGAGGGGCCUGAGAUGAAGAAGGUCCUGGAGAAGGUGGCCAGUGCCUUGUGUUUGCCGGUGGAGGAGCUAAAUGCAGAUCUUGUUCAAGUGGCUUUUCUCACCUGCUCCUACGAGCUGGCCAUAAAAAAUGUGACCUCCCCAUGGUGUUCACUCUUCAGUGAAGAAGAUGCCAAGGUGCUGGAAUACCUGAACGACCUGAAGCAGUACUGGAAGAGAGGAUAUGGCUAUGACAUCAACAGUCGCUCCAGCUGCGUUUUAUUCCAAGAUAUCUUCCAGCACUUGGACAAAGCUGUGGAGGAGAGCAAAAGCGCCAAACUCAUCUCUUCACCUUUGAUUGUCCAAGUUGGGCACGCAGAGACCCUGCAGCCCCUGCUGGCCCUGAUGGGUUACUUCAAAGACGACGAGCCUCUGCUGGCCAGCAACUUCGCCCGGCACGCGCAGCGCAAGUUCCGCAGCGGCCGCAUCGUGCCUUACGCUGCCAACCUGGUGUUCGUGCUCUACCACUGCGACCACGUGAACGCCUCCCGCGAGCAGUACCAGGUGCAGCUGCUGCUCAAUGAGAAACUGCUGUCCUUCCACCACUCCAACGAGACCACCUCCACCUACACGGACCUCAAGAACUACUACAAGGACAUCCUGGAGAACUGCCACUUCAGGGAGGAGUGCGAAUUGCCCAAAGUCAACGUCACUGCUGUCGAUGAGCUGUGAGGGAAUGACACGGAAUGGGCGCUCUUCAGAUUGGUCUGGGUUCAGUUCCGUGGGCACUGGGAUCAAGCACUUUGGAUGAUUUGCUGCUGCUGUGUUGAUUUUCUAACCUUGCGGAUUUGGGGGGCUGUCUCAGCUCAGUGCACUGGUUCUCUGUUGCAUAAGCAGAACUGCAUAAACAGCUGCUGUCACAGGGAAGUUGUAAGAAAUGCGUGAUGCAAGGCACGAAUACCUGUGUGUUUAUAUGUGCAAAUAAGCUGAUUUCAUUGGUCACUUCUGUUAUGAAUGGGCCACAGAUGGAUUUAAGAGCUGGGGCAGCUUCUGGUUUAUUGGAUCUGAAGGUGGUUGGAGUGAUUCAGUGUUGGUUUGUGCUGCCUGUGUUUCUCGCUGCUGUUUUCCUGUGCCACGCAUGAAAUAUUUCAAGCCUUUUUUUGAUCCUUUUUCCAAGCUUCUAGAAGGGAGAGGGUUCUUCUCCACAGCUGCACGACUUCUGCCUGGACAGCGCCAUUUCUAUUUUGGGCAUUUUAAAGCAGUUCCUGCAUGCAUCACCUGCUUGAAAAGGGGCAAGGAAUUCAAAGUGUUAAGGUCAUCAUCGACCCAUCCUGCAUAGCAAGUUAGUCUCCAGGGUAAGUAAACUAUCUUUAAAAAGAAGUAGGGAAAAAAAAAUAAUAGUGAGGGAGUGGAAAGUAGCCACUCUUCCUUUAAGGUGCUCUGGGACUUGCAGCAGUUACUCUCAAAAUACUCGAGUGUCCUCUCACUAACACCAUCCAUUUCUGGUGUUAUUUGGGCUGGGGCAUUCAGGUUAGGCUGUGCCAUAGUUCCAAAUCUCUUGGUCCUGGCCAGGUGGUCACAGUUUUGCUACCAGCUCUGGCUGGAAAGCACCUCUGAUGUCUCCAGCCUCCUGCUUGAAAUGGAAUUGUUGCUAACUCUAAAUCAAGGGUUUUAAACUGUAUAAAGAUUGGGCUGAGACUUGACUUCUGCAGAAUUUAAGGCACCAAACAAGCUGCCACUCAUGUAGGCCUUACAUAUUUGAUGUGUCACCUUGCUUUUGAAAUGCAGCUGGUUUUAAAGAGGUGAAUGGCAUAGAAGGACUUGUGAUAUUUUAAAGCAGCUGCACUUUAGGUAGGUUACCUUCUGCCUGAAAGUUGGGAAGUGUUUAGAUCUCUGCAGUGUGACAGUAAAAGGAAAACUGAAGAUAACUGAUGAGAAGUGUCUGAAUUAAGUCAGAUAAAGAUUCCUUCAUCACCAGCAAGGGAAGGCUGUUUGACCAAGUUGGCCCUAAGCAAAUAAGGGUAUGGAUUUAUGGUGCUGGUAGCUCUUGAAGUGUGCACUUUCACCAUCUAAUGAACAUUCAGAGCUCACCCUGUGAAGGGGGUUUAUUUUGCUGUGUUUCCUGGGCAGGAGGUGAAGACUGGGAGUGAUUGCCACAGUGUAGCCUGCAGCAGUGGAGGGUAUAAAUGUCUAUUGUGCACCUGAUAAGUCCUUGUUGUAGGCUCACUCCCAGAGCUGGGAACUUAACAACUGCAAAAACAGACACAGAAAAAAGAAAGCCAAACUCCAAGCUGAUAAGUACAUACACUUAGUGUAUAUUCUUCCUAAUUUUUUUUCCUAAGGACUCAGCCUUUUGUCACUUUUUUCUUAAUAUGCCUUGUAUAAAAGCACUUCGUGUUUACAUACCUGUAAGUUAAGGAGCAAUUGAACACCUGGUUUUUGCUGUUGCUCUCUGAGUUAAGGGCAUUUCCCUACCUGUGGUUGUAGGGCCCUGUUUGAUCAGUGCACCACUUGCUGCAGAGACCAAGAGAUCACUGAAGAUACUGAUUCAAAUAUUUCAACACUUGCCUGCGUUAAAUCCACAGCUCCUUCUGAAGCUGAAGAAAUGGUUAGGGAGGAGUUCAGUGCUGCAACAACCAGAGGAAUAUAGGUCAGGAUAAUUGUCAGCCCCUGCAUAUGACUACUGCUCAAUCACCUUUGCAUGUCUCCUUUUUCACAUGAUCCUACCUUGGGACUAAGUCAACUGAUGGAAAUGGUUGUGACAGAUCCCAGUUAGGAACUUUAUUGCAACAUUUGAGUCAGGCUACAAAGAAAUGAGCCUUUGUUUAAAGGCAGUUAAGUUUGGAAAGAGCAGAUACGAGAGUGAGAAAAUCCACCUUUGAACAAAUAUUUUUUUCUGUGAGUCAGUGAUGAUUCAUGAACAGAAGGGAUGAAAGCCUGACUAUGGGAGAUGAAUGGAGGAUUCUGUUGUCAGUUCAGCAAGACUGAUUUUAAGACAUCACAUUUGUUAAAAGAUACAUCCUUCUUCCUUAUGGAGGGAGGAAUACAUUGCACUUGACUGCUUUUUUGAUUGUGUGCUAGAUGAGGUGCAGGAACCAGAAACUCCUUGUGUUGUGGAGUGCCCUCAGAAGCUGUUCCCUGUUUCACCUUGGAGCCCGGGUCCCUCGUACCCCCAGUGUAACAGAUCUCUCUUGAGUGGCUGUCAGCAAUUAACUGGAGAGGAAAAUGUGCUGUUGGGGCUCUGAUCUGUGUUUAGAGGAUGCUCUGACUCACUUCUUUGGCAGAAUUAGAGGCUCAAUAUGAAAACUUUGCACCAUUGUGGCACUAUAGAAGUGUUGGGAUGUAAGUACUCUGGGCACUUAUUCUGGUACUUACCACUGGGGAGGUGACUUCACUCUGAUCCUUUUGUCUAAUAAAGACAUUUGUUUAGAUACUUUUAAAAAAAGACAACUAAAAUGGAUCAAAAUACUUCUCCAAAGUUGGGCACUAGCUCAGUAUGUAGUGUUGGAUCAGGCGACCACGUCUGCUGGCAGUGCACAUUCCCACAUCCUGCAAAAGUCCUGCAAGACAAAUAAUGCUUUCUCCUCCUUCCUGUGGCUCUGGAGGCCUCAUCUCAGACAUCUCUCAAGGACUCUCUGAAACUGGAAGCUCUCACUGAUGGGAAAUACCAACAGUGUUCUUGUAUGCUGGCCUUCAAUGUGUGUGAAGUACCUUUUAAUUUGUUUAAUCAUUCUGGCAAGUGAUUUUUUUCUGUCUAGUAAGAACUGCUGCGGUUCUGGUUAGCAUGGAGCUGUCAAAUUCAGAUUUGUAAUGAUCUGGUACUAACUGGAUGAAUACUAACUGGAUGAAUUUGGAGAACUUGUGGAUUUUUAGUGCUGUGAAAUAAAACUGCACACUUUCUUCAUCUGUUUUCUGAGCAGCAAUAAUGACAUGAUCUUUGGAAUCGUGGUUGUGUUUUCCUUCAAAAUACAGUUGGGAGGUUGCUGUCACAUA